UCAGAAUAUAAAUUCGAAGAUAAAAAUGGGAAAACAAAAGAAAAAUCGCCAGGGAGCGGAUAAAACGUUUCAGAAGAAGAAAGUCAAGGUUGGAAAAAAGCUACCUAAAGCGGCAAAUGCUACCAAAACCAGUUUCAAAACCAAAACAAUUCAGAUCAUUCAACAGUUGAAAAAAGACCAGGACCAAGCCACUACCAAGCGGAAACUGAAUAUCAAAGAUUUGCUGUCACAAUGCAUGCAUUACAACAUGACUGUCAGAUUGGGGGCUGCUCAAGGCAUGAAGGAAUUGCUGUCAGUAAGUGAAGAGCCGCUGAUAGAUAAUUUAGGGACAGUCAUUGACAGAGCAGGGUCUCUCAUGACUGACAAGGAUUAUACUGUGCGAGAGGCAGUACUGAAAUUAUUUGAGCCUUUAUUCAACACAGUUUCACCUCUGAGAAUGACCCCUUUCUUCCCAGUGUUAUGUGCUCACCUUUGCUGUGCCAUGACCCACAUCAAUGCCGAGAUCCAACAAGACUCCUUGCUGCUGUUUGACCUCUUGUUAAAAGCUUAUCCAGAUCUGAUUGUCCACAGCUCCAACCAAUUGUUGUCAAACUUUGUUGAGCAGAUUUCUAAACAAAAAUUCAAGAACUCUAGCAGUGGCAUGAGGUUUGGACCCUCUACCAAAGACUCUUCAAAAUUAAGUUUAUCAAUUGCACCAAACAGACAAGGUUCAGCUCAAAAAUGGCAGUCAAAAGUUCUCAAUCGUCUAUUAAAGUUACUUACAAUUGUUUUGAAAGAUGAAGACAAUGGGAUUGAAAGUCAAGAAAAUGUUUUAAGAGUAACUGAAAAUGAAAACCAUUUUAUGCCAUUUCAAAACUUUAUGAAGAAGAAUUGGUUGCAGCCUGGUUUUGCUGUGAGAACUCCAGGAAUGGUUCAAACUUCUGCAGUUGAUCUAACAGAUAUUCAAAGCAUUAAACAACUAGUCUUGAAUCUGUUUCCAUUGUUAAUUCAGUGUUGGGUGGAAGCUCAUGAUUCUGAGAAAAAUGAUGGCAGCCUCUUAUAUUCAGAAGCCACUUCAAUUAGAACCACUGUUCUGGACAUCAUCCUGCUAUUAAUAGAAUAUGGUACCAAAAACUCUGAUUCUUUGGAUGUUUUGUGGUCUAACUGGUUGUCCGAACAAUUCGAGGUAACAUUUGUCAACUAUUUUACUUCCAGUUUCCCUUUUGAGCUACUUCAUGGCAAAAAGAAUAAGAAUAAGAAACAGAAAGUUGCUGAAGUCAAUAUUUCUCCAGAAAAUUUAAACCUAGCAGUUUGUAGUGUAAUGACCAAAUUCAUCAAAACUCCAUCAGAUUUUCAACAGCAAUCUUGGAUUCAACCAAUUCUAAAAUAUAUUCGGUAUAACAUUAAAACACCAGAUUUAGCAUUAGAUAUUCGUAGACAUUUACUACAGGUCUUAACUUCUCUUAUCUAUGCAAUGAGACCCAAUGAUCAGCUGUUAAUAUUUGAAGAUUGUGUCUACAGAUAUCAAAGAGCUCAUCAUCUAUCUCAAGAAAAACAAAUGUUUAUCCACUAUUUUGCUAAAGUUAUAUUUAAAUCUGAGGGUAGAUCAGAUCUUGAUAGGCCUUUGAUUUCAUUUUUGGAUUCGUUGCCCGAUUUGCUUUUGGAAGUUGGUCAGUCAAAUGAUGCCAUUUCUACAAAGAUAAUGUCAGUUAUAAAGAAUGCUGUGACUUCAAAUAUUACCCCGGUUUUGAAAAAAUGGCAAAGUUACAUUGACCUUGUGUACAACAUUGACACUGGAGUGUUUUUAACCAGUUCCAAACCUCUGAAAAAGUCCAUGAUUGAAAUUUUAUACUGGUUACCAGCUUUAACAAAAAAUCAGUUGAAAUUAUUUGUGAAUUUGAUCCACCAUGAAGGCUUGGAAUUCGAAGAGGGAAAAUAUCUGAUUCAAGUGUUGCAAGAACGUUUUAAUAAAAUAAUUGGUGAGAAGAUAAAUUUGGAUCUCAUCGCUGAUCAGUUAGGAUUUUUAAUGCUGGUGAUGCUUGGCCCUAAACAUAGUGGUAUUGUUUCCGAUGUAAGCAAACCUGUAACUGAUUGGUCUGUUAUUGAACAGCACUUUUGGAAAAAACAAUUAUCACUUGACACUUUCAUUUGCAAAAUUUUACAAGCAGAUUUUCUACCAUAUGCUGACUUGGUCAGUGAUGUUGUAUGGAGUUCUUUAGAAAAACGUAAAAAGAACAAUUUGUACACUGUGUUGUGCUUACUUUCAGUUUUGAUAAAAUUUCCAACCUCAAACAUUUCUCAAGAUUUCACAGACUUGACAAUUACAUUUGCAUGUAAUUUAUUUUCAACAGAAAAAACUGUAGAAAGUUCUUUAUCAUCUUUGUAUACUUUGUUAGAGGAUGCCGUAUGUCAGCCAUAUUUGAAAACAUUUAUUGAAGCAACAGCUAAAAUGAUUUUGAAUUCUGCAGACCAGGAAACUGCUGUUAAUUUGACUAAAAUGAUAAAUGUUCUGACUCAGAUUUCUAGUCUUAAAACUUUGAUUAUGGAGAGUUCAUCCACAGAUAAAGGAAGUUACUGUGGAAAUUUAGAGAAAGUUACUAACUUUGUUCAGUCUAAGUACUCAUGUGUAACAAAUGAAUCCUGGUUAUCAAAUUUAGAAUAUUUCACUUUACAGUUGAAGUGAGUCAUUGAAUGAAUUUUUCAUGUUAAAUUAAUCAAUUAAUUUCUUGUCUAAUUAAAAUGUUGAAAGAUUUCACAGUGCUAUUAAACUUGACUAUAAAAUU